UUUUCAGGAGCAACGAUUUUUGGCUUCCUGUUUCAAAACACGUGUUCUUGGAAGCCUUCAGGAACAGGUGAGUAAUUUCAGUUCCUUCUUUUGCUAAAAUGGAAGCUUCCAGACUCUGGCUUAGCAAAGGGAGAGUAUCCCCAGACUCCUUGACCCGGGUGACCUCUGAGCUUUACUCCUUCACUCCAUGGUCUGCAAGGCAAUGGAGAUAAGACUUAAGUCAUCACCGUCAAGGUGAGAGCUGGGUUCAGCCCCCAGUUUGACUCUGGGGAACCCCAACUUCCUUUAAUUUCUGGCUACAUAGUCUUGACAUACUUUUCAUUUCUUUAAGGCAUUUGAGAAGAUUAUUAAGAUGUUGUAUUAAAGCAGUUUCAGGUUUUUAGAAAUAUUGUAUUUUAAGGUGGAGUGUAACUCCAUAGACUUAGUCUGCCAUUUUGACAGAAAAUCUAGGAUAUUUAUUGUUUACUUAUCAAGAACUCCAGGAAGAGGUGGUCCUGGGGUUGGUUUAGCAACACAGGGACCUCCUAUGGGUCCUAGACCUCGUGCCUUUCCACCCCAGUCAUUUCUGCUGUUGCCUUCAAGCUCGUUGCCUCAUGGCUGCAAUGUGGUUGCUGCAGCUCGAUCUAUCACACCAUCAUGCUACAGUUGCCAGUGAAGGACAGGAGUAAAGGGGGCAAAGGUCUCAUGAGACCCUCCAUUAUUAAGGGGGACAUAUGAUUCCCAGAUACAGUGGUAUAUUCUGCUUUCAGCAUCAUUGGUCAAACCUGGUCAUGAACCCCACUCCAGACAAAUUACUGCAAACGGGAUUGCUAGAUCGCCUUAACCCCAACUUUAUUCCCUUCCCCCGCCCAGCCCCAAGCUUAGAACAGCCACUCCAGCAGCUCUAGGUUCCUGUUAGUAAGGAAACUAGAGAGCGGUGACUGCUGUUGUGUCGCCAUCAACGUCUGCAACAGCACACCUCAGAAAAGCCGCUCUCCCCUGCCGUCAGAGCCGGGGACGCGAGAAUGUGUGGCGGGGUCGCGUCCUGCUGGGCUCCAUGGUGCAUACGCCUGUUCCCCACCCCGGUUCUCCUCCUUAUUUCAGCACGCGACUGCAUGCCCCUUGUGACCCCAGGCCUGAGGCCUGUCUCCUGACCGUCCACCCCUCUAGGAUUUUACACGUGCUCAGGGACACCCUGCCUUUCCCUGGCUCCAACGGCAUUGGGGGAAGAUGGGAAGAGAACACACGCUAGCAGGAUGUUUUUUAAAGUUCUCAACACCUGAGAAUUUCACAAAUACCAUCCUAUUAAGACUUGGAGGAGGGCUUCAGGUUUCCCGUUUUGGUCUGAGGAAAUGCAGGUGUAAAACCGUCUUGCCCGAGGUCAGGUGGGUUCUGUGUUAUAAGUCAGUUUGUGCUCUGGCUUAUCCCAGAUGUUGACAACCGGGUUACAACCUCGGGCGUGCAUCUGGGGCUGAGCUCAGCCUCAUCCGAGCAUCUUUUGGAAGCCAAGUUCCUCAGUCCAUCUCAUUCGUUCAAAGAGGGGGAAGGAUAGGAGAGAAGUCUCCCCUUUGUGGGAGGCUCCUGCUGAUGUCGAAACCCCAUGAUGUGCCCCAGCUGACAUCCUGUCUAUUAUUAGCUGCGGGCUCUGUCCUCUCCCCUGCCAGCUCCAGACGGUGCAGGCUGUAGGGGGCUGGGCAUGUCUCCCCAUUUGACCACCUUCCUGGCCCUUGCGCUCUGCCUGAGCCAAGCGCUCCACGCACAGCACGGGGUCCUGCCCAGACCCUCCAUCCAGGCAGAACCGGGCCCUGUGAUCCCCUGGGGGCAGCCUGUGAACAUCGUGUGCCAGGGACCCACUGUGUUUGCCACAUUCCGCCUGGAGAAGAAGGGAACAAGCUCAUAUAAAGAUGAGAAGAACCCAGGGCAGGAGACGCAGGCCAGGUUCACCAUCGCUGAGGCGGAUGAAGACACUGCCGGGCUCUAUCACUGCCGCUAUCAUACCUCUGCCGGCUGGUCUGAACCCAGUGAGGACCUGAAGCUGGAGGUGACAGAAGACCCACAGAUGCAGGAGGACGACAGUAGCAGUCCAGGUCUGUCGACAGAGCAUGAUUUUAUCCUCACUGGGGUCUCCGUGGCCUUGUUCCUUUGUGUCCUCCUCCUGGCCCUCAUCUUCCUCUAUUGUUGGCACCAGAAAAAACACAGGGCCCCCGGCUGCGAAGGUGAGGAGCAGAGGCCCCAGGAGAGGGUCAGCCCAGCCGUUGACAUGCUAGAGAGGACACCAGAUCUGGCCACAGUUGACAGACUUUCUGAAAAGGACGGGGAAAUGUGUGCUCCGACCCCGACAGCAGGAGGCCCCCCGGACGUGACCUAUGCUCAGCUGGACCAGCGCAUCCUCGCACAGAGGACAGCCCGAGCCGCACCCCCACGGUCCAUGGAGCCCACGGCUGACUUCAGCACAUAUGCAGCCCUCUCCAGACGCUGACUCCAGGCCCAGCUGGCCUCUGCCCCUUGACACACAGGAAGCCAUUCCCACAGAAGCGUGGAUUGGCCAUUUGGAGGGCCUCCGAAUGGGGUCAUCCCUUCCCGGAAAGCCACACAGUCAGAUUUCCUGGAAGCAAGCGCUGGAGUCAUGAGGCCCCCAGUCAACAUCUAGGAGACUUGGGAGCCAUGUGGUCCCCCUGAAAAUCAGCUAGAUCCCUGAGAGAACGUGUAGCACUUACUUCCAAAGACCCAGCUACAGACUCCUGGCUGUUUCCAGAGACCCAGGUAUAGUCACUUGACUGUUUCCAGAGACCCGCUAUGGUCCCACAGUCACGCAGAUGGAUUCCAGAUGUGUCCUGUGCAUCCCUAACUGCCCCCAGAAGCUCUGUUUAAAUUGUCCACUCUGCUGACUCUAAAGACCUUCCAGAAUUCUGAAGCUGACCUUGAACCUAUACUUAGGAAGCAGAUAGCCGAGACCCUGUGUUCUGGAUUAUGCUUCUCUUUGUUCAUCAAUAAAAGUUCUUACAGGCCGUCCCUGCAGCAGCCCUGCGCAGGGAGGUUGGUCCUGGUCUCUGCUCGAAGCUCAGAGCAGGAAAAAAGACAAAGGAUGCAUCAGUGUCCUCUGAACUGAGUGUCCCAGGGAGGUGUGAGGCCGCUGCUGAGGGGACGCGUGCCUGAGCAAAUGUGCAGAUGAUACAGCCCUACACUCCACACACGCACGCACACACACGCGUCCACAAAUAUGUCCACGCACACACGCUAAUGGACAUACAUACGGACCCUGUGAGGGAACUGGUGAGGCGUAACUGCGCAGAGAGGACCCCUGAGGCCUUCAGCCCGCGCCAUGGAACAUGGCAGCUCUCCGUUUCCUGUCCCCGCUCCAGGCCCGUCCACACUGGACGCUAUGCCUUCUUCAAACACAACAGCACUGUCCAGCUCUAAGACCUUGUCCUUCAUGUGACCUUCACUCCCUCGCCCAGCUAACGCCCUUCAAGUUUGGGUUUGGACGUCAUUCUUCCUAACAGGGUUGCAACAGCUCCUCCGUGUGAAGUGAGGGUAUCGGCCUCCCACGGCUGCUGCAACAGAUCACUAUACUCUCGGUGGCUUUGGACAACACAAUUUAUUAUCUUACAUUCUGUGUGUCUGAAGUCUGAAAUCGGUUUCUCUGGGCCUAAAAUCAAGGUGUCCACACAGCCAUGUUCCUUCUGGAGGCGCAAGGGG